AUGACUAGUGGUGAUGGCGGCAGCUCGAGUCGGCGUCCUCCGCCUAUGCUGAAGGCAGAGCGUCAGGCUGCGUUUAGGCGGAAGGUGCGCAAUGAAUUGCUCCUGCAUGGGCGGGAGAGCAAAGAUGCAGAGCGUCGGCGCAUGGAGGAGUAUCGGCGUCUCUGCAAGGAGGAAGGCGUCCACUCCAAACGUUUGGAGGAGUACGACUCAACGCGCAAGGACGCCUCCAGCACGCUAAACGACAAGCUGCAGAGCAUUGACUACGAUCAGAGCCUUACGAAUGCGGAGAAGAAGAAGCGCAAGUUUAACCUGAAAAGGAAUUACGCCGCGCAAACGGUGACAGAGAUCCUCAAAAGGAAGGAAAAGCAUCACAACGCCCUGACGAAGGUGGAGAAGGCACGAAAGGAGCGGCAAGAGCAAAUUGAGGCGGCGAAGGCAGCAAAGAAGGAAAGAGAAGUGACAAAGAUUAACUGCAUUCAAAGGAGACGUGUGAAUAACGCAAUUUAUGCGCAAAAGACUCGCAAGGGACAGCCGGUGAUGGAUGGCCGAGUGCAGCUGCUGUUGGAUAAACUGCAGCGCGAGCAAAAGAAGAACUGA